AAAGUUGUCAGUGUGAAGGUUUCUGGCAUUAACUUUGAGGGGUAAGGUCGGGUGCUGGGCAGAGUGGUAGGCGCUCAGUCGAGAUCUUGCACUUGUUCGGACAGCGUGAGCUUUUAUUAUUUGGAGAGAACGUUCAUCCUCCAACAUGAAGACGUGGUCACUUGUGUUAGUGUUGCUGGCCAUCAGCUUUGCAACUGUUAUAGCAAAGGAAACACAUCAUAAAAAGGCUCACUCUGAUCCACAAAAGAAGCACAUAGCAGAGAUUGAGGAGAAGCUGGAGCAGCUGCUGGAGCUGGAGGCAGAGCUUAAGUCAGAAAUUGCUGAGGUAGUUGAGGAUGAGGGAGCAUCUGAUGAAGAGAAUGAAAUAGUGGAGGAAGACCAAGAACCUUUGGAGGAAGAAAAUCCUGAGGAGGAAGAAGAAAAUCCCGAGGAGGAGGAAGCAAAUCCUGGGGAUGAGGAAGAGUAUCCUGAGGAGGAAGAUGCUAAUGAAUUCUUUAUAGAUCCUUGUUUGGAUACAUAUUGUGGGGCUGGCCGUCUGUGUGCUGUAAAUGAUGCUGGUGAAGCAGAAUGCAGAUGCAUUAAUGCAUGUGAUCAAGAAACUGACCCACGCAGGAGGGUGUGCAGUAACCACAAUGAAACUUGGAUGUCAGACUGUGAGCUGUACCGCCAGCGUUGUCUCUGUCAGGAGGAGGAUGAUAGCUGCCUGAAGCCAGAAUAUAGCCAUUCUCACAUUGACUAUUAUGGAGAGUGUCAGGCACUCCCUGAGUGUGAUGAAUCUGAGUUGGAAGAUUUCCCGCGACGCAUGAGUGAGUGGCUCUUCAACAUCAUGCGUGAUAUGGCUGACCGUGAGACCCUGAGUGACCACUACAUUCGUCUUGAGAGGGAAGCUGAGGAUGAUGCCAAAAAACAAUGGACAUAUGCAGUAGUGUGGAAGUGGUGUGAGCUUGAUACUCAUCCAAAGGACAGUGCUGUCUCACGUCAUGAGCUGUUUCCAAUCCGCGCUCCACUUGUCACUUUGGAGCACUGCAUUAGCACAUUCCUGGACUCCUGUGAUCCAAAUGAUGAUCAUCUUAUCACACUCAAGGAGUGGGGAACAUGUACUAAACUUUCAGAGGAGGACUUGGAGAAGCUAGAGGACAUGUGUGAGGACAUCCGUAAUGAAUAAACAAACAUUCAGCAAUUGAAAUCUGCUAUUGCUUGUUAUGACUGAUGCAACAUGUUUGCAAGAGAGGAAUUAUAUGACUUGUCUUAAUCUAGAAUAGCAAGAAAAGAAAUAAGUACUGUAAUGUGCUUGAUUAUGGAGAAACUUGUGUUAACCCCCAUUUACACAAUGACAUUUUAGCACUGUAUAGCAAUAUUAAUAAUAUAUUGUCCUAGAAUGUCUUAAUAAGAAUUAAGCAAUACAGAGACAAGUGUUAGGUAGGGAUGAUUGUUGAGUGUAUUAAUUUUUACUAAUGUAGUAGGUACAUUUGAAUUAUAGGUUAUUACAGCGUACUUUAUAAAUAACAAGAUGAGUUCAUUCAACACUGCAAGGUUUUUGUGGGUUUUUCAAACACUUUGAUUGUAAUUUCUAUAAAUCCUGGGAAUUAUGUAAGAAGGCCAUUCCCACAUGCAGCAAAACAUGUUUUGAAACCUCCUAAUGCAAAAUGAUGUUUCAAAACAUAAAAAAUUAAGAAUAAUAAUGUACAGCAUAGAGAUAUAAAAAUAAUUGAUAUCAAUCCAUAAUUAAUUAUACAAAACAGCACAGUACUGUAUAUUAUAACCAUACAUUUUGAUGAAAGUAAUAGUACUGUACUUAAAACAGGUUACUAUAUGUUAUCAAUAUAGCAAAUUGUCAUUGUUUAUACUAUAGUAUAAUAAAAACUUGCACUGUCUUUUAAUAUACAGUACUUGACUGUCCUUUUCACUGCCAGAUACUUUAUCCUAAGGUGCUUUUAUGUUCUGUGAUGCUUUACUGCAUUUACAAUACAGUAUUUCAGUAAUAUUUUGUUUUGUAGUCAAAGUAAUUAUCAUAUUUUAAUUUGAAUAUAAUGAAAUAAAAAUUAAUAAACAAACAGUUUCUGUUA